CUGCACCCAUCUUCCUCUUUCUGACUUGGUGUGUUCAUAAGAUGUCCACACUGAAACAGGCUCUCUAAUGAGGCAUAAUCAGCGACAUCUAAACAGAUUGCUGAUCCACCUUUGAAUUGAGGAAUAAAGCAGUCUGGUCAGACAUUUUCCAGACCAAACCAGUGGGGGCACUCGUGAAUGUUAUUUAAAGGCCCACCUCUUCUACUCAAAAACAUGGAGAGGCUAAUACCUCUUCUGUUGUCUACCGUGGUUUUUCUUGCUGCUGUUGAACCCAUCAGUUUUAGAAACUGCAUCAAAGAUCCGAACUCAAAUGAAACUUUUAAAUGCAUCCAUCGAAACAACAUGAGCAUCUCAGCCUACGUUGACGACCUGCCAAAAUCGACCAUCAACCUCAUCAUCAAUAAUACUACGCUGAGGAACAUUCCCAAAAGCAGCUUUGUUCAUCUGCCAAACCUUCGGGAACUCAGACUGGAUAACAACAACUUGAGCAAUAUAGAUCCUUUUUCUUUCCAAAACUUGCAUCGUCUUCGAUCCCUCAAUUUGUCUACAAACAAAAUAUUAGUGCUCCGCCCUCAUCUUUUUCAUGACCUACACAACCUAACCUUUCUCUCACUGGCAAAUAAUAGAUUAAAGCAGCUUCCAGAGGGUAUUUUCUCCAGUCUUUACAACCUGGCAAUUUUAAUCAUGAGGCAAAAUUUUUUGACAAAUUUCUCCACCAUUGCAAAGUCUGUAUCAAACCUAACACGUCUGACAUCGUUAGAUCUUUGUUUCAACAGGUUCACCUCCCUAAGCCACGCAAAUGCUUCCCUGCCCAAAUCCCUCACUAGGCUAUAUUUAUGUCGAAAUAAUCUGUCGACAUUAGGAUGCAAACAGUCAUUCCUUAGCGUCAUCAAGCUGUUGGAUUUGUCCUACAACCCUGAGCUUUCUACAGUGGCUUUUCAUGGAAUUGAUUUAAGCCAUAUAAACUAUCUGCGGUUGCGUUCAACACAGGUCAAGGUAGUGGAGUUUUUGAAAACCAGCAGUGUAAACCCCAGUCACGUUGAUUUCUCCGGCACUGGUCUGAAAAAUGAUACCUUGCUGGUGGAGCUCUGCAAAUUUUUAAAGCAAAAGGUUAAAUGGGUUAAGAAUAUGACCCUGAGUAGUAAUGAGAUUGUGAAACUAACAAAAAACACUCUUCGUGAUUGCCCAAAUAUCCGCCUGGCAUUAGAUCUAUCACUUAAUAAGCUGAAAAACACAGAUUGUCUUAACUUUCUCAACAGAAAGUCACAUUUAAAAGUGUUCACUGCAGAGUUUAACUAUUUAACUUACCUUCCAACCUGUAAGGUACAAAACAUGAAUUAUUUCUCAAGUGUGGAAGAGAUUAGCUACCGUUACAACCGCAUCUUGUUAGUCAACUCUCAUGCUUUCGCUAAUACACCAAAUCUAAAGACAUUAAAACUUAACAUAAACAAAAUUGCUUAUCUCAAUGUCACGGCUUUUAAAGGGCUGCAAAGCCUUGAGACUCUUCGCUUGGACAAUAAUCUCUUAACUGAAUUGUUCAAAGGCACAUUUGAGGACCAGGUCAACCUAAAAACCCUCAACCUACGCAACAAUCGUAUUGCUGCCAUUUUUGAUGAGACCUUCCACAGUCUUAAGAAUCUGACUAUACUAGACCUGGGAGGUAAUAAGAUCACACAUUUUACAUCAUCUGGUCUUGAUGGACUGUGGAGUCUGUCCAAAUUCUACCUAGAUGGAAACAACCUUAAAAAAAUUGAUGCAUCCCUCUAUCACGCUUUUCAAGACACACUAACAGUGCUGGAUUUACAAAGUAAUCAGAUUCACUUCAUCAAAGAACAAACUUUUUCACCAUUUAAGAAUCUCAGUAAACUCCUUGAUCUGAAACUAGAUGGGCAGCGGCCACAUGGCCUCGGUGUUAUGCAAAGAAAAUUCUUCCAUGGUCUAAGCUCACUGCAAUCUCUGUAUCUCACCGACAAUAAAAUCUAUCAGCUGUCUUCUGACGUUUUUGAUGAUCUGAGAAGCUUAAAGUUUUUAACAUUGGAUAAUUGCUGUGUCGGGGUGAUGCAACUACAGCCAGGAGUCUUUAAAAAUCAAAAAAAUUUAACCAAAUUGAUCAUAGAAAGCAUGGUCAUUCAGAACUUCUCCAGAGAGGUUUUUGGGCAGUUAACACAGUUGGAAAUCCUGCAGCUCAACCGCAAUGGGAUGCAUAGCAUUCCUGUUGAUGCACUAGAAAGUAUCCCUAAACUCAAGUAUCUUGACAUAAGAAGCAUUCCCUUAACCUGUACCUGCACCAACAGCUUGUUGCAAAACUGGACUGUGAAUAACCCAAGAGUCCAGGUUGUUUAUCUCUACAAUCUGCCCUGUCAACACGAUCCAAAACACUUCUUCUACAACUUUGAUACCAAAGUUUGUUACAUAGAUCUAGGAGAGUACCUGUUUUUAAGCACAGCUGUAGUGAUCUUUCUUUUCACAUUUACUCCAUUACUUUAUGUCAAACUUUACUGGAAAAUGAAGUACAGCUACUAUGUGUUCCGGUCCUGGUUUAGUGAGCAGUGGCACAGAAUCAGAGACGAGGAGGAAAACUGCAAAUAUGAUGCAUUUAUUUCCUACAAUUCUUCCGAUGAACAGUGGGUCAUGGACCAGUUGUUGCCAAACCUCGAGGGAAAUGGAUCAUCUUUUAGACUUUGCCUACAUCACAGGGACUUUGAGCCUGGCCGGUACAUUGUGGACAACAUUGUCACUGCUGUAUACAGUAGCCGCAAGACUAUUUGUGUGGUGAGCAGGAACUUCCUCAGCAGUGAAUGGUGCUCUCUGGAAAUUCAACUGGCCAGCUACCGACUCUUUGAUGAACAUUGGGAUGUUCUCCUGCUCGUGUUUCUGGAGCCAAUCUCUGAGAGGCAGCUGUCCUCUUAUCACCGCAUGAGGAAAGUCAUGCUGAAAAAGACCUAUCUGCAGUGGCCCAGCUCAAACUGCACUGAUCCCAUACAGGCUCAAGAGCUGUUUUGGAAUCAGCUUCGUAGGGCGAUGAGAACGGGAAGCAGAGUGGAAAUGGAAGAAAGUGACAAAAGAAAAGGGUGUGCAACUUUUGAAAGAGAAAGAACUGAAGAUUUUGGGACUAACAUGCCAGAUGAAAACCUUUAUUUGGUACCCUGAGAAUAUCUUAUGAUUCAGUCUGU